ACAUGGUAAUUUGGCUAGAGGCGGAGCUGAUAAUUUCCCGUGUGCAAGACUACAAGUCGAUUUUUGCUCUCUCCGGCAGAGCGGAAAUGGUCGACCCGAGGGCUAAGCGGUGAACACAGAGCGCAGGGGAGAUCGGGAUCGGAUCAUUCUUCCUCUCCUCUCCUGUCCCGCAAACCUAACCCAUAUCUCCAAAUCUCCAAGACGCUGCGAUUCAUGUAAGCUCGGCUGCGGCGGGCGAUCAGACGAUUACCGGAUCGAUUGCCGUCGCCGAUCCGGCCGGCAAGAGACUGGAGUGGGUAAGAUGCCCUCGUAUGCGGAUCUUGACCGCCAGAUCGAGCAGCUUAGGCAAUGCAAGUUUCUGACGGAGGCAGAGGUGAAGGCUCUCUGCGAGAAGGCGAGAGCGGUCCUCAUGGAGGAGUGGAACGUGCAGCCGGUGAAGUGCCCUGUCACCGUCUGUGGGGAUAUCCACGGCCAGUUUUAUGAUUUAAUGGAGCUGUUUAAGAUCGGCGGUGAAGCCCCAGAUACCAACUAUCUCUUCAUGGGAGACUACGUGGACCGUGGUUAUUACUCCGUGGAGACUGUAACACUGCUGGUGGCCUUGAAAGUCCGUUAUAGAGAUAGAAUCACAAUUCUUAGAGGAAAUCAUGAGAGCCGGCAAAUAACUCAAGUGUAAGAUGUUUUCCCUUUUGCUCAUUUAGUUU